GGAAAGCCCAAGCCUGUGGUGUCCUGGUUGAAGGACGGUCAGCCUUUGGACACAAAGAGAGUGAACAUCAGGAACAGUGACAGGGACAGCAUCCUGUUCAUCCGCGGUGCACAGAGGGAGGACUCUGGGGUUUAUGAGAUGUCUGUGAAGGUGGAUAGCUUUGAGGACAAAGCUCCCAUCACUCUCCAGAUUGUUGACCUGCCUGGCCCUCCCACCAGUGUGAAACUGGUGGAUAGCUGGGGCUUCAACGCCGCUUUGGAAUGGACUCCUCCCAAGGACAACGGCAACACAGACAUCACGGGAUACACUGUUCAGAAAGCAGACAAGAAGACUGGGGAUUGGUUCACUGUGCUGGAACACUACCACAGGCUAACCGCCACCGUCUCGGACCUCGUCAUGGGGAACUCGUACUGCUUCAGAGUUUUUGCUGAGAACCAAGUGGGCAUCAGCGAGCAGGGCACUGUCACCAAAGAAGCUGCUACAAUUCAGAAAACAGGAAUCCACUACAAACCUCCGGAGUACCAGGAGCGCGACUUCUCAGAGGCUCCCAAGUUCACCACCCCUCUCCUGGACCGAGCUGCCACUGUGGGAUAUACCACCAAGCUGCUGUGCUCUGUUCGGGGAAGUCCUAAGGUCAGUGAGGGGUGUCUUACACAGAUCUAUCUAUCUAUAUAUAUGUAUUUUUUAAGUUCAACUUAAUGUAUUUGAGUUGGAAAAAUGGAGACUCCCAAUAAAGAUCACAGCUGAGGAGAUCCAGCAGAGAUGAUGGGAAGGGCUUGCACUGGUAUUUCCUUAAGUAGUUUCAGCAUGUCUCACACUCUUUUUGGCAGCUGCUCCUCUGGUUAAACAUAUCUAUACAGUUGUCCAUCUAACUCAGACAGAUUACAUGGCAGAGGAGGAGAGAAAUGUGCGAGUCA